GACAGCCGACGGCCAUCGAAGCGCAAUCAGUCAGUCACGCGAAAAAAAAAAUCUGAAUUUUUGUUUAAUAAUUUGUUGUUUUAAACCGUAAAUAAAGUGAUAACUAUGUUAUUAACCAUGGCACAAGUUUAAAUUAGUGUUUAUAUGAUAUGUUGUGGCAAAAUGAGUGUAUUUGCAUAAGAAACAUGAUGAUUUCUUUUGUCAUACGUUUGGUGUGUUGAUAAAAAAAGAUCAUUUUUUGUGACGACAGCCCAUUAAGGUAGACAACAAAAAUGAAUAGUACUAACAUGAACUUAGAUCCUGUCAAGAUGAGUAACAUGAACGUAGACAUCGAUCCGUUGAGCACAUACGAAUAUCCAACGUACGUCAACUACAACAAUAUACAGGGCAACCCGCCAUAUUCUUACGAUGUCAAGCUCGAAAACCCUAUUAACGAAUUCUUCCAAUCGUUCAUGAAUGUAACAAACAACGAUAACGAAAUGAAGUUACCAGAGAUGAACCAAGAAAAUGUAAAUAACGAUAAACCAGUGAAAAAGGAUGCCACUAAUGAGGAUGUCAAACCUAAUAUAGAUGUAAAAAAUAUUAAAAAGGAGAAAAACGGAAAGAAAAGCAAUUAUUGGUCUGAAAAAAUUACAGACAACACAUUUGCGUUCUACGGAUGCGCUGUGUGCAACGUGAGUUACUCAGCAUUGCAGGAACUAGACCAGCAUGUUACAAUACACAAAGACAGAAUAACGAGUUACGAUUUGAAAAUAAAAAAUCAAAUAAAACGGAAAAAAAUGAAAAAGGAACAGAAAAGAUUGAAAAAGUUGGGUAAAAUCAAAACCGAAGAUUUAAUGGUUGACAUAAAACCGGAGGAUGGUUAUAUUGGUAACGAAAAAGCGUCGGAAUUCAACUUUAACGAGAACAACGGAAACACAAUAAAUAAUGAAAAUGUAAAUGGAAUUAACGAUAAUAAAAAUAUUGUAAAUAACGAAAAUACGAAUACAGGUAAUUCAGAGAAUCCAGUGAAUAAUAAUGCACAGGAAACGAAAUAUACAGUUAACGGAAACAAUAGUAAUAGUAACGAAAAUAAUUCAGCUAGCAACGGAAAUGAAAAUGGAUCAAAUGUUAAAGUGUUUAAACCACCUGAUAUCAAUUUGGAAAAGAUAUACAAAUGUUUUGCAUGUCAGAAGCAGUUCACUUUGAGUUAUUAUUUGAAAUUACAUGUGAGAUCCCAUACAGACGAGAAACCGUACACUUGCAGUAUAUGUGGCCAGUCGUUCAUAACGGCGAGCAAACUCGGGCGGCACAACAAGAGAAUACACCUCGCCAUCAGAUAUCAGUGUCGGAUAUGUUACAGGUUCUUCUCUAGAUUUGAAUACUUGACGAGACAUUUCGACAAAAAGCAUCCCGAGGACAAAUUGGAGGGGGAACCGUAUGAUUACAACGCGAUUCUUCCAUACCUGAAAGAGCUAGAAGAGCAGUUACGUGAGAAAACAGAAGAAAGCAAGCCGAAGACAGAAGAUCUGUGGGAGGACUGGCCCCCGCCGCCGGAGCAAUUUCACAAUGAAGACAACAAAGAAUUCGAAAGCGAAGCACCAACGGACAUCAUUGUGGAGCCGGUGAAGAUGAACAUCGAGGAGGUGAAGGUGGACUGCGAUGUGCAGGUGAAGAAGGAGUGUGAGGAAGAGACCACACAUGCAGAGCCCGAGGAAGUCAAGGAGGAAGACUUCAAAGAUGAGAACGCAUCCGACGACGACUACUUCCCGUCAAACACAUGGGCGUCCACACCCAAGAUAGAGAGCGAUCCGCCGUCCCCCUCGCAGCCGCGACGCAAGUCCGAGGGGCCGCUUCAGUGCAAGAUAUGUCAGAAGAGCAUCAGCACAGCGUCCUAUAUGCGAAUACAUAUGAGAACUCACACCGGGGAGAAGCCGUUUAAAUGUUACAUAUGUAACAGAGGGUUUAUAACGUCCAGUAAGAUGCACAGGCACGUGUUGACGCAUUCGGAGUCAUGGGAAGGAGAAGACAGUGCUGAUGUUAAAAUGGAGAAUGUCAAGUCUGAGGAAGAAGGUGACGACGAGGGGAAGAAGAAAGCGGAUAAGAAAGCGCAAAUCAAGAAAGCUAAGGCCAAGUUUGCGAAAAAGAUGAAGCGGUCGGAGUCCAGUCGAAGGUCGCAGCGGCGGCCGCACGCCUGCUGCUACUGCCACAAACGGUUCCUGCACCUGGAGACCUUGCAGGUCCACAAGAAGAGUCACGAAGGUGAGAGCCUGGUGCUAAGGUGCAACUUCUGCCUGGAGGAAGCGGCCGAUGACGACUCGCUGCGGACCCACGAGGCCUCCCAUACGGGACCAAAGCCCUACCUCUGCACCAUAUGUGGGAAAUCCUACAAACGGAGGGAGACCAUGAUAUACCAUAGGAAGCACCAUAAACCGGAAAAAGAAUAUAUAUGCGAUAUAUGUUCGAAAACCUUCAACGCGCCAUGCAAGCUCCAACGGCACAUAGUGAGCCAUAGAGUCGACAAAUUCGUAUUGCGAUAUGAGUGUCCUGUCUGCGCGCAUAUGUUUAACACUAAAUACCACAUACAGAUGCACUUGUCGACCCACCAGAAGGAAGGGCUAAUCAUAGAGGAAAACCGCAACGACAUAUUAGCCAUGGUGCUGCAGAACGCGCGAAAAAUACCCAAACACUCGGACACGCAGGCGAACAUCAGCGACAUGAUCCCGCCGGACGAGAGAAGCCGCGUGUGCAACAUAUGCGGUGAGGUAUUCCAACACUUCUACUAUUUAGAAGAGCAUCUCAAGUCUCACGGCUCGAAAAUUGCAAUAGAAGAUAUAACAAAGACGGAAGAGAAGAAGCACGUAUGCACGGUGUGCAACAAAAGCUUCAAAUUGCAUUACUAUCUUAAACUGCAUAGCUUCACCCACACUAAGGAGAAGCCGUACAUCUGCCAGCAAUGUGGUAAGGGCUUUAUAACUAAAGGUAAACUCAAACGUCAUCUGGAGACGCAUUCGGGACUUAAAAAGUACCAGUGUCACAUAUGCUACAAGUUUUUCACGAGAACCUCAUACCUAAGGAUACACAUACGAACAAUUCACGGUACGCAAGAUUACAAUUUUAGGUUAGAAAAAGAAUUUGGCGAUCAAAUGGGAUCGCUCCAUAACAUGAUGGGCCACCAUAGUGUUUAGUUACAAUAGUUUUAUACGAAAUUUAUUUUUUCUUUCACUCGACACAAGUGGUAAACGAUCGGCGUGCCUUUGACGUAUUGCGUAAAGAAAAGUUGAAUAAUUGUCUAUGGAUUGCAAGGGUAGGGAUUGUACACGGUCAUUCGGGUUCAAAAAAAUGUUAGUAAUAUAUAAUACGACCUUUUUUACGUGCAUAAACGUCCCUCGGAACGGGAUGUGUCCACUGACCGGGAUAAAAAGUUGCCUUCUCUGAUCCGAUCCAUAUAGUACGUGUAUACCAAACUAGAUGGCGCUGUUUCAUAUUAUAUAAGUACUAGCUGACUCGGCAAACGUUGUUUUACCAUAUACAUUAUUUCUAGAACUAUACAUGAAAAUUUAUCCUACUACAAUUAUUAUAUUCGAUUGCCAUCUUGCAACCCUAUUGCGGAAUAUAAAAAUCGCAAUUAAAAAACAGGGGUUGAUCGUAAAAGGGUGAAAAUUUGAGGUUGUAUGUAUUUUUCAAUGCUGAAUUAUAAUAAACAAAAUGUUAAAAAAAUAAAAAAAAUAAAAAAUUUAUGGUUGGGUCACCCUUAUUAUUGAGGGGUAUGAAAAAUAGAUGUUGGCCGAUUCUCAGAUCUACCUGAUAUGCACACAAAAUUUCAUAAAAAUCGGUAAAGCUGUUUCGAAGGAGUUUGGUAACAAACACCGCGACACGAGAAUUUUAUAUAUUAGAUACAUACAGAUUUAUUUAUUUAAUAUGAAACAACGCCAUCUAGUUCGGUAUACACUUAGUAUAUAGGUCGGAGAUCCUUCUCCGUCUACUUCUAAGGUACUUUUUCACCCGGUCAGUGAGUAUAUGCCUGUAACGGGAAGAAAGUCGUGGCUAAAAGCUUUUUUUUUAAACCUCCAUCGAGUACGUUUGCACUUCCCAAAGGUUGACUGGUAGAGAAUGCCUAUAGCAUUAAGUCCGCCUUUUUUAUCACAUUCUAUUGGUCCAUAAUGUUUAAAUAAAUAAAUAAAAGAUAUUUUUAUAUAUUAUAAACAUUUAGGUGACCCGGGUAAAUUAAUUAUCCCGGACGAAGUCGCGGGUAAAAGGUAGUAUCAGUAUAAAUACACAGAAACGUCAAAAACCUACUGAAUUCAGAAGAAUACAGAUUUUUUCUGGGUUGAGUUAGUAGAGCCUUUGCUGAAAAUGGCGAUAUGAAUGAAAAACAGGACUCUUGAAUGUUCUGACGUCACAUAUGACAAGUUCUUAUUUGAUAAAGCGAUUACCCCUUUUGCGUAGUCGAGUAACUUGGGUAUGGGGUUUUUGUUUUUAAUUAUUUUUUUUAUUUCAGUAGGUACUAAUUCUGCUAUUUUUAAUGCAAUUGAUUAAAAAUUUAAAAAACAGUCACGAAAGUUGACUUUAAAUAUAGUAAUAUUGGUACCGUUCCAAUAUCUUUAUUUUUAUACAACUUAGAAUGGCCAACAAGCUGACGGCCCACCUGAUGGAAAGUGGUAACCGUCGCCUAUAGACAUGAGCAGUACCAUGCACAUAACAGAGUAUACUGUUUCGCCUAUGAUACCCCGCAUGCGUUGCCAUUCCUGAGGACUCAGGUGUUAUUCCUCUGAACCCAGUAAAUUUACGCCAUAUCCCACCCUUCAAAUCGAAACACAGCCAUCCAUGCAAACACAACUGCUUCACGGUUGAAACACGAAUGGGACAGAGGUACCCAAGCAAUCGACUUUUAUACAAAGUCUCCCUCUGGUCUAUCAACAUAUAUAUUGGGUAGUUUUGGAAAAAAGUGAUCAGCCAUUCCGAUAUCGCCCGUAUUUGUCGGAUGUCUAUAUACUUUUGAUCGGACGCUUUUUCCCGCCAUCAAUGUAUUUACCAGAGGAAGACUUUGUACAAAAGUCUUUUGCUUGGGUACCUCUGUCAUUUCGUGUUUCUACCGUGAAGCAGUUGUGUUUGCAUGGCUGUGUUUCGGUUUGAAGGGUGGGAUAUGGCGUGAAUUUACACGGUACAGAGGAAUAACACCUGAGUCCUCAGGAAUGGCAACGCGUGGGGAGGUAUCAUGGGCGAAACAGUAUACUCUGUUAUGUCCACGGUACUGCUCAUGUCUAUAGGCGACGGUUACCACUUUCCAUCAGGUGGGCCGUCAGCUUGUUUGCCAUUCUAAGUUGCAUAUAUAUAUAUUGGAUCGGUAUCCAUUUUACCCAUGCCUACAUCAAAGGAUGCUUGUUGACGGUUCCAGUACCGCCGGCAUAGAAAUAAAUAUAUAUAUUUUAUAAAUAUAUGACAUUAAUAAUUGAAUAUUGUAAAUAAAAAUGUGUAUAUAAAUUGUAAAUAUAUUUUUUAUUAGUAUAUAAUUCAAAAAUGUUUCCUUAAUUAACGAAAUGGUAUAUUUUGUUGUAACAAUGUAAUGGAUGGGUGUAACCGCUUGACUUCAUCAUUAAAUGUUCCAUAAAACGCCUACCACUUGUUCACAAAACCGUCAAAUAUAAUAUAAUAAAAUUGUAGUCACACGAUGUUUUCACAUAGAGAUGUUGUAAGGAGAAUUGAUAUGAGAGGUCUUAAUAAGGCCAAUAUUUGUCAAAUCUAGGGCUGCCAUCACCUGAAUUGCCGACACCGAAAAAUCCCGGAUAUUCGGGCGAAAUAUGGGCCUUUCCCCGGACACUUCGGAGAACAAUUUUUUUUGUAACAAUAAUAAAAAAAAAGUUAUAUAAAAACCAAGCUGAACUGUGGAUGACUAACGUAACUAAGAUUUAUUUCAAUUGAUCGCCUUCCUAUAAAAAAGUGGACAGGCCCCAGAACGCCUUUCAAAAUCCGGGAAAUUCCGGACGGACGGCAGCCCUAGUUAAAACAAUAUUAUUUUUGACAUUUUGUCUGUCUUUAUUUUCGUUCCGGUAUAUACACAGAAAGUUAUAUUCCAAAUUGGACGUCGUUAUCGCAAUUUUAUUUGAUGCCGGAACUAUAAUAGACAAAGCAAAAUUAUGAAAAAUAUUAAUAUUAAUACAGGGUGUAAAGGACAGGUCAGCUGUGUGAGGUCAAAGCCACAAGCGUACGAAAACUACCUACGAAGAAGCGCCACUGACCGCGCGCUGUAGGUAUCACGCGUCGUGUCGAGCGUAACAUUUCAAAUACAUUGCGCGGCGUCGACACUAAGAAGCGUUAAUUAUACGGCUGCGGUGCAUUACCGGCGGGAGAACAAUCUGCCAUCUGAUUCAGUACAUUCAUUUGAAUCAGCUGUUUUCGUUUCGGCCAACCUGUUCCUUACACCCUGUAUAUUUAGAAUCUAAUAUGAUUUAGUUCUCUUAGUUAAAGAAAUAAAGUUUAAAAUUACUUGGAAGGACUCUAAGGUGAAUGAGCUAAUCUUAACAGAGUUAUAUUAGCUUAGCUUAGCUCACUAUGUGGUUUACACUCGACAUGUCAAAUUGUUUGCUAAUUAUGGCAAGUGUAAAAAAAGGUUUCCACUUUAGGUUUUUUGGUGGAACUGCCAAUUAGGAAUUUAUCACGGGGAGUGCUCUGAGGAAUUGUUCGGAUUGAUACCUGCUGCUGAUUUUCACCACCGUACAACCCGCCAUAAACUAAAAUUUCAUCCCAACCAUCUGGACGAGUGGCGGUCCUCCACCGUGCGUUUUUCAAGGCACUUUCUUCCACGCACAACCACUCUUUGGAAUCAACUUCCAGCAGCAGUAUUUCCGAACCGAUACGAUAUCGUGACCUUCAAGAAAAGAGCAUAUUCCCUUUUGAAAGGCCGGCAGCACACCUGCAAUGCCGCUGGUGUUGUGGGUGAUCAUGGGCGGCGGUAGUCACUUACCGUCAGGUGAGCCGCAUGCUCGUUUGCCCCGUGUUAUAAAAAAAAGGUAUUUUUCUUUUUUUUAUAUAAAUACAGGGUGUAUACAGUGAAGUUGUAAAUUGUAUGUCGAUACGAAAUGUGAUGUUUGCUAAUUUGUACUUACACCAGAUGUCGCUACGUGUUCGUGCGUAGGUGGCGCCCUCUGGAAUCAUGUGUGUGUAAGGUCGCCACUGAUGCGUUGUGACGUUAACUCCUAGUAGUCGAUCGUUUGUUGUUGACAAUAUUGAAAGGUUUGUCUAAAGGGAUACGUUAUACUAUUAAAUAUAUAGGGUCAUGUAUUCAUGAGAGUCAUACUUUAUUUCAGAAAACUUACCCCCUUAUUCAUAAAAACUGAAAACGUUUACAAAUCUGUUAACCUUUAAAUGCCUGAAGUUUCAAAUUUGAUACCGCGGUUUGCAUUGUUUCAUUAUUAAAUAAAUUUAAACAUUUUGACCACCAUAAUGGCUAAAGUAUCAAAAAUGAUACCAAAUGUUUUUUUUUCCAAAAUAAAUAUAUAUAUAAAAAUAUCGUUUUGAUUUUUUUUACUACUUUUUUUAUACAACUUAGAAUGGCAAACAAGCUGACGGCCCACCUGAUGGGAAGUGGUAACCGUCGUCUAUAGACACGAGCAGUACCGUGGACAUAACAGAGUGUACUGUUUCGCCCAUGUUACCCCCCAUGCGUUGCCAUUCCUAAGGACUCAGGUGUUAUUCCUCUGUACCGUGUAAAUUCACGCCAUAUCCCACCCUUCAAACUGACACGCAACCAUGCAAACAACUGCUUCACGGUAGAAACACGAAUGUGACAGAGGUGGCCAAGCAAUCGACUUUUGUACAAAGUCUCCCUCUGGUGACAACUACUUUUCCCCAUUAGUGAACACAGUAAAGGGUACACUUAUACAUAUUUUUAAUUCGAAUUAAAAAAUCAGGCUUUUAAAGGUUAAUUAUUUAAAAUUAUAUAGUUAAAAUACUGUUCACUGUUUUGUCACUUUCUUUCAAAUUUAGAAUUUAGUUCAAAAGAGAAGGGUUUGACAUUUUUGUGAAUAAGAGGGUAGUCUUAAAUUUACUUAUUAAGAGUUAAAUUCUGUUUUGCAAAUAUUUUUGUUUUUUUUUUAUUUAGAUAUAUAGAUAGGUACUCUGUAUUGUUCCCUCCAUAAGAUUACAAUAGUAAACUUAUUAUAGAUACAAACAAUUACAAGGUAAUAUUGCACUGAGAGAACAAUGCGCGGCCUUAUCGCUGAGAGCGAUCUCUUGCACGCCACCUUUGGAUGGAGAGGAGUAGCUAUAAACAGUUCGACUGGAGGCACGAACCUCUGUUAUUUAUACAACUAUUUUUAUAAUGCCUCUUCUCUAUAUAUGUCAUAUUAAAAUUUUAAUGAAAUUUUACGUUAUAAUGUUUUUAACCGACUUCGAAAAAGGUGAAAUUGUCAAUUCAGUUUUUUUUUAUUUUGUUUUGUUACCAAAGAACUCCGUCGUUUUUGUGUUAAUUUUUGAUUUUUUUUAUCUGAAACGUUGUUUUCAGAUUGGUACUGUGGAAAUUGCAUCAAAACCGGCUCAGCGGUUUAGUUUUUAAAUAAAUAUAAACGGGUUUAUGGUUGUGACUAUUAUUUUAAAGUAUUGAGGUAAUUAUGAAUUCAGUUUUGCCCCGGUUGGAGUCGGUCUUUUGUGGAGCAAAAUCUACUUACUCAGUUAUUUUCAGAGCAAAAAGUAGAUAUCUUUUAAACUUUAAAAUGUAUUAUCUAAGUAUACAACAAUUAUACGCAAUGACGUCUAAGAUUAUUUACCAGGGGACACCUGUCCCCAUAAAGAAAUGCACGUAUAUAUUUUUAGAUGAAUCUGCUCACAGCUGACAGCUCUAAUUCAGACUUUCUUGGGUGGGCACUACACAAUUGUAGGUGGGCACGGCCCAACCGUCCCCCCUCAAGUAUGUUUAUAAAUAUAUGAUCAUAUAUGUUUGAGAGUAGUAAGUCCCUGCAUUGUAAAGUUGAUGGGUUUUGUUACGUGAGCGCGGGCGGAGUCCCGAGUCUGUUUUAGCCGAUUUUUAAUAAAGUUUAGUUAUGUAUUAGCAAUAAUUUUACCAUUUAGUUAUGGAUUCUAUAUUACGAUUCCAAGAGGUUGUUGAUUUUGUAAAAAAAAAAGAAGAAUAUAGCAAAUAAACUAAUUAAGUUUUA